GCUACCUCCACCAUCUCCAAAUGUGGAAUCAUUGUUCGCUUCCGACAUUCAUGCGUGAUGCAUGAUUACACUUAUCUGUCCAGAUAAUUCGUACGAGUACCGGAACUUUGUGAUUCGUGCAUACCUGAAGUGUGUGUGAUUAUCAAGUUUUGAUGAUGACUUUGCCCAAUCAUCAUCACCAUCAACCGGUCUCCGCUGUUGAAUUGGGUAGUGGCCAACAUCUUGUCAAAAUUACUUCGAUGCCCGUGCAGCAUCAACAAAUGCCCACCUCAAUUAGUUUAUCCGAGCUUGCUCACAGAGAAUACCAAGCCGGGGACUACGAUAAUGCCGAAAAGCAUUGUAUGCAGCUGUGGAAGCAAGAUCCAACCAAUACGGGGGUUCUUCUCCUUUUGAGUUCCAUCCAUUUCCAGUGUCGCCGCUUGGAUAAAUCGGCUCACUUCAGCAUGCUUGCCAUCAAGCAGAAUCCCAUGCUAGCGGAAGCGUAUUCAAAUUUAGGCAAUGUUUUCAAGGAAAGGGGCCAGCUACCGGAAGCACUCGAGAAUUAUCGCCAUGCCAUCCGGUUAAAGCUGGAUUUCAUUGACGGAUAUAUCAACUUGGCGGCGGCUCUUGUUGCCGCCGGCGAUCUUGAAGGAGCUGUCCAAGCUUACGUUUCUGCCUUGCAGUAUAAGCCGGAUCUAUACUGUGUCCGGAGUGAUCUGGGAAAUCUUCUGAAAGCAUUGGGUAGGCUUGACGAGGCGAAGGCGUGCUACCUCAAGGCGAUCGAGACGAGACCAGAUUUCGCGGUGGCAUGGAGCAAUCUGGGCUGCGUGUUCAAUGCCCAAGGGGAAAUUUGGCUGGCGAUUCAUCACUUCGAAAAGGCUGUUGCUUUGGAUCCGAAUUUCUUGGACGCGUACAUCAACUUGGGGAAUGUAUUGAAGGAAGCUCGAAUUUUCGAUCGCGCUGCUGCGGCGUACUUGAGAGCCCUUAAUCUGAGUCCGAAUCACGCUGUCGUGCAUGGAAAUCUUGCCUGCGUCUACUACGAACAGGGAUUGAUCGAUUUAGCGAUCGACACAUACAAACGGGCCAUCUCCUUGCAGCCGAAUUUCCCGGAUGCGUACUGCAAUCUUGCCAACGCAUUGAAGGAAAAGGGCUUGGUAACAGAGGCCGAAGAAUGCUACAACACAGCCUUGAGAUUAUGUCCGACGCAUUCGGAUUCUUUGAACAACUUGGCAAACAUCAAACGAGAACAAGGUUUCAUCGAAGACGCGACGCGAUUGUAUUGCAAAGCCCUGGAGGUAUUUCCGGAGUUCGCAGCCGCACAUUCGAACCUCGCAUCCGUGUUACAGCAACAGGGAAAACUUCAAGAAGCGUUGGCCCACUACAAGGAAGCCAUUCGGAUUCAACCAUCUUUUGCCGAUGCGUAUUCCAAUAUGGGGAACACUUUGAAGGAGAUGCAAGAUGUUCAGGGCGCGUUGCAGUGUUACACGCGGGCCAUUCAAAUCAAUCCUGCUUUUGCGGAUGCGCACUCGAAUCUGGCGUCUAUUCAUAAAGAUUCUGGUAAUAUCCCGGAAGCGAUACAGUCUUACAGGACUGCGUUGAAACUGAAGCCCGACUUUCCUGACGCUUACUGCAAUUUGGCUCAUUGUUUGCAAAUCGUUUGCGACUGGAGUGACUACGAAUCCAGAAUGAAACGCUUGGUGUCCAUUGUAGCGGAUCAAUUGGAAAAGAAUAGACUUCCGAGUGUGCACCCACAUCAUUCGAUGCUAUAUCCCUUGUCUCACGAGUUUCGCAAGUCCAUUGCAUCGAAGCACGCGGCGUUGUGUAUCGAAAAAAUCCAAGUUUUGCACAAGCCUCCUUACAAGUAUCCGACUGAACUAGCCCCGGGUGGGAAGCUUCGCAUUGGUUACGUUAGCUCUGAUUUUUGCAAUCAUCCCACAUCGCAUCUCAUGCAGUCUAUUCCGGGUUCUCAUAACCGGGCCCGAGUCGAGAUUUUCUGCUACGCUCUCAGUCCAGACGAUGGAACGGCGUUCCGACAACGCAUUGUCAAACAAGCGGACCACUUCGUAGACUUGUCUUUGUUGCACUGUAACGGGAAAGCGGCUGAUCGAAUCAACGGAGAUGGAAUACACGUUUUGGUUAACAUGAAUGGAUACACCAAAGGGGCCAGGAACGAGAUCUUCGCUUUGAGGCCUGCUCCGAUCCAAGCGAUGUGGCUGGGAUAUCCGGGAACGAGUGGAGCUCCUUUUAUGGAUUAUUUGAUAAGCGACGCGGUGACUUCACCUUUGCAUCUGGCCAGUCAGUACUCAGAGAAACUGGCAUAUAUGCCGCAUACCUUUUUCAUCGGGGACCACGCGAGGAUGUUCAAGCAUUUGACAGAAAGGAUCGUAUUCGACACCAAGGAUAACAUGAGCGUGAACGGACUCGCUGACAAUGUUGCGAUUAUUAAUACCACGGACCUGAAACCGAUUAUGGAGAAAGCGGAAUUGAAGCAGGUCAAGGAACUCGUGGCUCCAGCUUGUAGCGAGCCGGUUGAAGUGUCCGUUACUGUUGCUCAUCUGCCGACCACGAUGCCCAUUGAAGCUAUGAUAUGCAGUGGACAGUUGCAGACCAGCGUGAAUGGUUUGAUCGUUCAGAAUGGUCUGGCCACAAACCAGCUGAAUAAUAAGGCAGCUACUGGAGAAGAAGUUCCCACCAAUAUCCUUGUGACAACCAGGCAACAAUAUGGACUCCCCGAAGAUGGUGUUAUAUAUUGCAACUUCAACCAACUGUACAAGAUAGAUCCCGACACAUUAAGAUCGUGGGUCACGGUAUUGCUGAAGGUCCCGAAUUCGUAUUUGUGGCUGCUGAGAUUCCCAGCAGUUGGGGAGCCGAAUAUUUUGUCAUCCGCGGCACAGAUGGGUCUGCCGCAUAACCGAAUCAUUUUCUCGAAUGUCGCAGCCAAAGAAGAGCACGUUCGUCGAGGACAGUUGGCGGAUGUUUGUCUUGAUACACCUCUUUGCAAUGGACACACAACUGGCAUGGAUGUUCUCUGGGCGGGAACUCCUAUGGUUACACUGCCUGAGGAAACGCUAGCGUCGCGUGUUGCAGCGUCGCAACUUACUUGCAUGGGUGUCCCAGAAUUGAUCGCAAAGAACCGAAAAGACUACGAAGGCAUUGCGAUCAAACUCGGAAACGACAAAGAAUACUUGAAGGCGAUUCGGGCACGAGUUUGGAAAGCCAGAUGGGAUUCACCUCUGUUCAACACCAAAGUUUACACGUCGAACCUUGAAACUCUACUAUUGAAAAUGUGGGGUCGAUUCGAGAAAGGCAAAGAACCUGACCACAUCACGGAGUGGUCACCCUCUGAGAUUAAGACAGGAGGUCUUAGUUGAGCUGCUGUUUGAAUGAUGUGCUUGUUCGAUUUUUUAUGCACGAUGCAUCCUAAUGUCGGAAAGUGCUUUUUUUUAGGAUCACAUGAGAUAUAUGACGUCAGAUGUGUUUUUUUCGGUUCAGUGUUACGCGAAAGUGAGAAAGAUUCUGUGUAGCUUCGGUCCGACUUUUUCCACUUCAGUAAAACUUUACGCGGUAAUUCAAGAAAUCUUUGAAGAAUUCGUCCCAUUACUUUUCUGGUCUCUUGUAAGCAAGCCUUCUGAAAACUUUCUGCGAAGUCAAGCUUUUUUAAAGCGGAAAAAGCUCGUCUGCGAUAAUAAGUAUGACUAGUCAUAUGGGAUUCCCAAACUUCGAAAUUCAGAUUUUUGUCCACCCAUGAAUUAUCUUUUGCAUGAUGUAAGAUAAUUUGGGCUUCUUCUCGAGCAAGUUUUUUCUCACUACGUUAUGCCGUAUGAUUUGUUUUCAGAAUUUGUGAUGCGUUGAACUGUGAGUCACAUUUUCGAAAAAGUUAUUUAAUCCCUCAAGAUGAUUUUUAUCAACAUUGUGUAUGAAGUUGAAUUCAUGUUCCAAUAAGCCAGAAAAAAACGAGGGAUAAAGUAUUCGGCUGUGUUUUUGAUUAGUACCUGCUGAAAGAUUGCCGCUUUUUUUAAACUUCGACUAACUCUUACGAGUUGAACGAACUAAUGGCCGUCUAACCUGAGAUUCGAGAUUCUCGUUUUUCAUUUUCCUCGCGCGGUUUACAAACCUUAUUGUUGAAAGUUUUUUUUCGCUCGCGUGGUGGCGCUUUCGGUCCUCUUGUGUGUGUGUGUGAAGAGUUUCGAAGAAGGUAGAAUUUUCUUCCGCGUUGAAGCCGACACUUCGCCUGGAUGAACGAUUGAAAAAUUGAAAUUGUUAUUGAAACGGCA